AUGGCGGAUGCUCCAAUGAAUCCCAGGGACAUGGACGCACUUGUGAAGAAAAUAACAGCAGAAGUCCUAGCGGGUGUUGAUAAGUCUUUGGAUAACAAGAUCGAUCCAGUGCUAGAGAAAUUGUCUGCUGUAGUGACACAUGUCGAGCAGAUGGAGAACCGAGUCACUGAAGCUGAAACGCGUAUAUCGGCGGUGGAAGACACGGUCUCAAGAGACAGCGCGGAUUUCUAUUUGAUUCCCACUGUCAGUUUCCUCUGUUUGCCUGCCUUUUUCUGUUUCCUGUGUUUUUCCCCUCCUCCCGCUUUCUCCUGCCAGCUGACUGCACACACCUGCUCGUCGUUCCGCAAUCACCGCUCCCUGCCGUACACACCUGCCAGCCGGAUUCACUCAUCAUCUCUGCUUGAUCGUUGCUUCAGCCACCUGGUUAUCUCCUCCAUUUCGCUCCGCUACCUCCAGUCAGCUGGCUUCACCAUACGGUCCCCUCCUCACGGCUCCCUGUUCCGCCCUGCCUCCGCUCCUGUGUUCAGCCACUCCUCCCUUGACUCCCCGGACUCCAGUGCCUCCUCCUCGGCUCCCCUGGCCCCGGUUUUCCCCUACCUCCAGCCCCAGAAAACCGUCACUGCUGCCCUCGGCAUCCGCCUCCCCAUUCCCAUCCAGUUUCUGUUGCCCAAUAAAUCUGUUUUGUCAAGCCUUGCUUUUGGGUCUGUUCUGUCUCAUCAUAACAAGAAGGCUUUUUAA